AGUCGUCAACCCAGUCGACAUACUAAUACAAAAAAAAAAAUAUAUAAACAAUCAUCCAAUUCUCCGUCUCUCUUUAUCUCAGAUUAAUCUCCCAUAUAUUUGCAAUCAAAUCAUCAUCAAUAACAAACAAUGGCCGCUGAACAACCCAAUUCGCCUCUUCCCAAACCAACAGAACCAGCAGCUGAAAUCCAUAUAAUAUACACUGAUCAGAUUCAGCCCCCUCGAGACCCUGAAACUCAUCAUCUUCGCACCCUCACUUCUGUCCUUGGCAGUGAGGACGCUGCAGAAGAGGCUUUGUUGUAUACUUACAAACAUGCUGCUAGUGGCUUCUCUGCUAAACUUACUCCAGCUCAAGUUGAAGCCAUUUCAAAAAAACCGGGAGUUCUUCAGGUGGUGAAGAGUAGUACUGCUCAGCUACACUCAGGACCUCCAUCCACUCGAAACUUGUAAAAUACAAGACCAAUCAUUCGGCUGUAUUAGGUUUGGUUUGAUAAGAUAUGACUCUUGAUAAACAUGUUUAAAACAUUAUUACUCUUGAUGACAUGCUAAAUAACAGAACAAGUGUUUGCUGUAUGA